CUCCAAGUCCAGGAAUAGUUCUCAAAGUUGAGUUCAGCAAGCCGUAAGGUGAAACGUGAGCAAAGGCUUCUGCAAAACCACCGUUGACUGAUGAGGAAAUGUAGAGAGAAAAUAGAGAGAUUACGAAAUCCAAACGUUCCCCGAUGGAACCCAUACGACACCUCAGUCACUGAUGAUCUCCACUGCUUUGUUCCAAAGUAUCUGCCACCCCGAAAGGUAUUCGAGACGUGGCCAUCCACACAAAUAACUGUUUCCUUCUACAGGUUAAAGGCAAAGUGGACUCCACUGGAUUAUUCCAAAAAUCCAUAUGUGGAUUGUAGUGAGAGACACAGUUACUGUUUUUCAUCCAUCGAUGUAGAGGCCAGCAAUAAGGCGAUGAAUUCAUCUUGCUGAUCACUACUGGGCCAUCCUCCUGUCGCUUGGAGUCUGUUUGAGAAAGUCCAUUGAGUGGAGUGCAUCCUUCGGACGGAAUAUGUCUUCUAUCCAUAUCAAAAUUCCUAUUACUUCAAAUGGAAAUACGACCAUUUACUUUGAAAUUGAUCCAAGUAACUUUCCUUGUGAUCCAGAGACAUAUCCAGCCAUGGAUACUCUGGCUGCUGUUGUCUACAGCCUGGUGUGUUUCCUUGCCGUGACGGGGAACCUGGUGGUAAUGACCGUCAUACUUUACAACCGACGCACGACAUCGACCACAGACGUCUACCUGCUCAAUCUGGCCACGGCAGACCUCCUCUUUGCCCUCUCUCUGCCCUUCUGGGCAGUAGAUGCCACAUCAGGGUGGAUGUUUGGUGAUGCCAUGUGUAAGGUUGUCAGCAUGUUACAGGAGGUGAACUUUUACAGUGGGAUCCUGCUGCUGGCCUGCAUCAGUGUGGACCGUUACCUGGCCAUUGUCCGCUCUGCCCAGUCCCACAAGCAGAAUAGGCUGUUUCUGACCAAACUGGUCUGUGGUGUUGUCUGGGUGCUGGCCGUUCUGCUAUCCUUACCCGUUCUCUACAAGAGCGAGAUCCAGGACCAUUUUUCCAAACAGUUCAUAUGUAAUGAGGAUCAUGAUGGUGAAUUUGAUGAAGCAUGGAAACUAGCCACCAAAAUCUUACGCCACAUCAUUGGGUUCCUCAUCCCACUGGGGGUCAUGGUCUUCUGCUACAGUGUCACCAUCCACAGACUGUGUCAGACUAAGGGUUUCCAGAAACAGAAAGCCAUGAAGGUUGUUAUCGCCGUGGUGCUCGCUUUCCUGGUCUGUUGGCUGCCCCACAAUGUAACUGUGUUCACCGACACUCUGUUGAGGCGCAAACUCAUCGCCGACAGUUGUGUCAGGCGCCACCACAUCGACAGGGCUCUGUCUGCCACCCAGAGCCUGGGAUUCCUGCACAGCUGCAUUAACCCAAUCUUGUACGCGUUCAUCGGGGUGAAAUUCCGGAGAAACCUGCUCAAACUCUUGGCUGAUAAAGGACUGGUGAAGGAAAGGGAAGAGUCUCAGUUCAGGAGGUCUGUACAGUCCUCAGUCAAUGGAAUGACAUCAACCACCAUUUAGACCCAAUGUGAGAGAUUCUGUGAUGUUUCACUGCAGCACAGAGUGAGGUUGGGCACAUAGUAAAGAACUGCUGGGCUGCUGAUCAAACUCUGUCCCAUUCUGCCUGGGGAAUAGAUAAAAUUACCUGUGGAGAGUCACUUCUAAUUGCUUACAGAAAAUGUCAAGUUAAAAUGGAGAAACAAAUGCAAACAGCCGAAACUGCAGAUGCCCGAAAUCUGAGAUAAAAACAGUGCUGGAAAUCCUCAGCAGGUCAGGCAGCGUCUGUGGAGGGAGAAAGUGUGAACUGGACCGAUGGAAGGGCAUUGACCUGAGUGUGAAAUCAAGAUGUGGGCACUCCCAUAGUGAUUGGCAAAGAGCUUCUACCACAUUAUAAGCAGGUCGUUCAAACAAUCCGUACAUUGGAAAUGUACAUCCACAAAGGAAAGGGGUGACCUUCCUUUCCCAGCAGAGCCUUGUGGAUAAUGAUGGAGGGGUCUGGUGUCCAACCAACCACAAACAGCAGAAGCUAAAGGAUGAGUUUAGCAAAAUGUAAUCUUCUUGUCUCUUAGUUAUUGGGAAGCCUUCAAUGAAAGUUGCCAGGCAACUCCCAGAAACAUCAAAAAUGGGAGCAAGAGUCAGCCAUUUGGCCCUUCUAGACUGCUCUGCUGUUCAAGGUGAUCAUGGCUGAUCUUGCAAAUUCUGUCCCCUGUUCAUGCUUUCUCCGCGUGUUCCCCUGAUCCCUCUCGCCCCAAGAAUAACAUCUACCUCCUUCCUGGGGCAUUGUCCUGAAGCGUUAACCCAAGAAGUGUAACUCCAUCUACACCAAUCCCAUUCCCCAGCACGUUGUCCGUACCCUUCUCUGCCUUGGUGAUUCAUGUGCUCGUCCAGAUACUUCUGAAAUGUUGUGUGAGAGUCCCUGCCUCCACCGCCCCCUCGGGCACUUUAUUACAUCUUUCUUUAUCCCUUUUUACUGGGAAAGGGAACAUUACCAAGGCCCCGAACAUCGGGGGUUAACAGUGGCGCCAGUGCUGUGAUGCCUGGUGUGUGGCCUGUCUGUUCUCUGCAGUGAUGAGGCGACACCGUCGACAUCACUGACUGAGUGAAGGAUGAAGUCCGUUGCCUGAGGAGUGUUGGUCUGACAGCUGAUGAUCCGGCACUGUCCGCUGACCGGCUCACAUUGCACGGAAAGAUAAGGGAGGUCUUGAGGUGGUCAACAAAGCACUGCGGGGCAGCCUUCCUCACUUCAGAACAAAAGCAGGCUCAUGGCUAUUAUGGAACACUUCCAACACGAGGGGGCCGUUCGGCCCACUGUCACCGUGCUGGUCGUGACAGAGCCACCCAGCCUGAGCCCACCUUCAAUCAUCGGCUCCACUGCCCUGCAGGUAACGGCCCUUCAUGUACAUGUCCAGCAGUGUCCACAUGUGACGGGGGUCUCUGCCUCUCCCCCCCUUUAGGGCAGUGAGUUCCAGAACCACCAACCUCUGGGUGGAAACAUCUCCCCCCAAAACUCUCACCAAUUACUUGAAAUCUGUUCCGCUUGGCUUUAGAGCACUCUGCUCAGGGAAAAAAAAUCCUUCCUGUUUAUUCAAUCUAGUUCUAUCAUAGUCUUACACAUCUCAGUUAAGUCUCCCUCAGCCUCCUCUGUUCCAAGGAAAAUAUCCACAACGUUGAAUCUUUCCUCAAAUUUCCAAUCCUGGUGAUGUCCCCAUAAAUCUCCUCAGCAUCCUCUCCAGUGUAAUCAUACUUGUGCUGUAAUGUGGUGACCAGAACUGUACGCAGUGCUCACACUGUGGCCUCAGUGGUGUUGUGUCAGGUUCCAGCAUAACCUCCCUGCUCUUGUGUUCCAUGUCUCUGUUAAUAAAGCAAACCUUUUUAACCCCUUAUUAACCUGCCCUCCUCUCUUCAAGGAUCUGUGGACAUACACUCCAAAGUCCUGCUGUUCCUCCACACCACUCAAUGUCCUUCCAUUCACUGUGUCUCGUUGCACCUUUCCAAAGCAUUACCUCCCACUUCUCUGGAUCCAAAUCCAGUUGCAGUUUCUGUGCCCAACUGACCAGACCAUCGAUAUCAUCCUACACGCCAAAUCUUUCCUCCUCGGUGUCAACCAUCCCUGACCAACCUGUGUUCUCUCAGUAAAGGGGGCAUUUUCCCAUGGAAUUGAUUCCCAUAACUUUUCCAGUUUAUCCCUUCCUGCCUUUAUAAUCAAUGGUACAUCUCUCACAGUCUUCCCCUCCACUGGAAGCACUAUGUACCCAGUUGGAGUCAGAGCCACUACAAUUUUCUGGCUUGCUGCUUUUAACAGCCUGGGAUAUAUUCCAUCUGGACCUGGGGAUUUAUCCACUUUUGAACUAACUGAACCAUAUCUCAUUCUAAAGCUGCAGGAGAACAUAACUCACUGAAAGACGUUUCCUGCAAGUGUAUAUAUGCCAAAAAGAAGUACAUUUGGCCAAGAAAGCAAAGGCUGUGUCGUUUAUAUUUCCAGUUUAUGUUUGGACAAGUGAGCUUGAAAUGUGUGAAUGGAAUUUACUUUGACAUAUAUUCUGUACGUUCACUGACUGCCUGUGAAAUAAAACAGCUUUG